UUCAAAUUUGGAUCGAGGAUACAACAACUCUUGAAAUGAUUCUGGAAAGUUAGAAGAUGAUGAAAGAUUGAUUAUUAAAGACAAAAAGAGACGAGGGAGGGAGGGAGCGAGCUAGAGACUUGAGGAUUGGAUUUUUCUUUCUUGUUUAGAGCAACUUCUGGCUUGUAUUACUGGUUGUCGAGAGAAAAAAAAGGAUGCAAGAGUGCUGUUAGCAUUCAUCAUAGGUGGUAUUGGUAAUAUGUAAAAGUGGAUUUAUCUGUUGUUGCAUGCAGCCCGCAAAUUCGAUUGAUCACUGCCUUGCCUACAAUAUAUAUCCAAUUAUGUCUGGUGGUUCUACACCGCUUAGAAAAAUUAAAUAAAAGAGAGUAUACAGACAUACUUGUGCCGAGGAAAAGGGAUAAAAUGGAAAGAAGAAAUGCAGAAAAGGCCAAAAGAGAUGAAAAAGAAAAAAGAAAAAGAAAAAAAAAAGAGGAUAGGAAGAGAGAGAUACUUGGUUUAGGUUGGUUGCUGGGUAAGAUGGUAAACCUCGAACUCUCUGUGUUGUAGCUCAAUGGCAACAACAAAGGCGGCUCUUCUUCUCCCGUGGCUUUUGCCAUCGCCGCCGAGACACUUCUCCUCCUCCUCAUCCCUGUUCGUCGACUCGUGCGUGAAGAAGAGGAGGAUAGCGCAAGACGUAGCAGUCUCCGUCGCCUUCAAUCCUUCUGGCAACUUCGACAUCUCUGCCUUCAAUAAUGAUGACGAUUCUGUGGAUAAAGUGGAACCUCCGAUGCCUCCCACGACAGGCCGGUACGAGGUUGUGAUCGACAACGACUCGAUCGGGCGGCUUGACCUAUCCCCGUUUCAGACAGCCACCGGCAUAACCUCACCUUCCUCAGCUGAACCAAAAAGGUAUAUGGAACGAAGUAUUGGAUUCAGCAUAAACUACAAAAGAGAAGACCCGAGGGAUCCGCGUGAGCUGUCAGAGUACCCGGAGAUAAGACUGUGGUUCGUGAGGCUCGACGCCAUGUACCCUUGGCUUCCCGUGCUGCUGGACUGGCGUGCUGGGGAACUCGCUCGAUACGCGGCAAUGCUAGUCCCGCACCAGAUGAGCUUGAGAAUGGGCGUCGUUUUCAAUCCCGAGGCGUUGGAGCUUUUCGUCAUGAACAAAGUGUUUGUGGUUUAUCCGUGGCUGAAACGGCACGGCGUCCCCAAGCCCAGGUUGAAGACCACCGACAUGGCCAGGAUGCUCGGCUUCGGCAUUGGCGAUCAGCUCUUCGACUUGAUCGAUCAGGAUCAGGAUCAGGGUCAGGAGGACAACAAGUUCUAAAAAAAGGCCCUUAAUGACAUUACGUGGGCCUUUAAUAUUGGGCUUAUAUUGAUUGAUUGAUGAGGCCUGAUCUGAAGAUAUAGCCUAGUUGCAGUAUACUGUAGUCCGUUACCUUUUUUUUUUUUUUUUUUNCUGGUGAGAUUGGAUGUAGACGUGUUGAGUACUCAUUGGAUAAUAUGUAUUAAUAGCCGUAAAAUGUGGAAUAAAGAAUUAAAUUCAGAUU